GCGAAUAUUAACGAACAAUGGAAAAAAGUAGUCCUUUAGUUAAAGUUUCCUCUUUAUCCUCACCUGAGAGACGAAGAUUUUGCCGGCGGUGCUGUCAGAAAAUGGAAAUAGAUAAUAAAAAACCCAACCCGUCUCAGAUUAAGAGCUUUCUUGACAAUUCGCUCAUCGAUGUUGACCUAAACAAGAAAAGGAAAUUAAAGGCCGAGCAAUUGGGCUUGCCAUUACCGAAGCAUCAAUGUUGGAAGCAAAGCUUGUCGUUGAAGCCUCCUCCUACCUUAGGCAGCGUCACAAAAAUAGAAGGGUUCAGUCCCUGCAUUUUCAAAGGAAAAGGAGGGGAUGACUAUGAUGUAUCCGAAAUUGAGUCAGCAAAAGAUAGCAACAGCUUAUCUGAAGAUUCCGACACCUCAAUGUCUAUGCAUGCCGAUGCCAAGUAUUCGCUAUUCAACAGUGUUUCCUCCUGGUCACCCGAUUGGGGAUCCAGCUCCCGAGGUUCCCAUUCUGAUGGUACAACUGUUGCAUCAAGCAGUGUCGGAAAAGAUGUGCUAUCUUCUCCUGGUGAUGAGCUUGAAACUGCCGAUGCCAGACUAGCUGAGAAUCUUCAGGAGACGCUCGCUGAGUAUGGAGACGAUAUAGAUUACAUCUACUCGGGAUAUGGAAAUUAUACCAUAGAGCAAUACCAAGAUAAGGAAAUUGAAGAAACUAUUAAGUCUGACGGGGCAAAUCCAAAUGUUUAUGUUCUUUCAUCCGGACGAUGGAGCGUCAACCAAGAGGCCCCGGAAACCAAAAGGAAACCGACCAUUGAUCAAGAAUUUGAGCAGUAUUUUUCCACGCUUAUGCUCUAGAGCUGAGUAUUUAAAUCUGAACAUCUCUUCUGUUCAUAGUAAUGUGGCUUGAAUGACAUUAAAGUCGAAAUGUAAAACGUGGCUUGCUUUUGGGAUUAUUUUGAGGGAACUCUACCUUUGUCUUUUCCCUUUGUAUCUUCA